AUGGGGAAUUGCCAAGCUGUGGAUGCUGCAGCUCUUGUGAUCCAACAUCCAUCUGGGAAGAUAGAGAGGUUGUACUGGCCAGUGAGUGCAAGUGAGGUUAUGAGGAAUAAUCCAGGCUAUUAUGUCUCUUUGAUCAUACCAUUGGCAGUGCCUGAAGGCCAGAAUCAGGACCAGAAGACAGUGCUUUUUACCCGUGUAAAGCUGCUCCGUCCGAAUGAGACUCUAACUCUUGGCCAUGCUUACAGGCUGAUCACUACUCAAGAGGUUGUGAAGGCGUUGAAAGCGAAGAAACAUGCGAAGAUGAAAAAGUCUCAGGUGAAUACAGUGGAGAGUAUGCAAAUUGUGCAACUGGAAAAGGCAAGUCCAGAUGGAGAGACUGGAGGGAUGUUGGACACAGGAAAUAUAUAUCAGGCAAUGAGGGCAGACAGAUACAGGCUAAUGAAUUCCACACAUGCUGCGCUGAAGCUGAAAUCAUGGCGUCCCUCUUUACAGAGCAUCUCAGAGUCUACCAGCUGA